UCGGAGGGACCGGAAAGUCAUUUCCACCAUGAAUUUCAAGUGAGCGAGUUUCCUCCGUGCGAUCCCCUGCAUUACCACAUUAGAACCAGCAGUCUGAAAGCGUUUAAAAAAGAACAGGAAGAGAGCGUCACUUGACCAGCCACUUAUUGCGCCGACGACAUUUCAGAGUCACCCCCAUUGCUGUGGUGCUGGAGUUACAUGUAGAAAAAUUCAAGUACAGAGCAUUUCUCAAAGCAGAGCAUGAAUAACACCAACACCCGGAGAAACAGCUCAUGUGAGAACGAUGACAUCUUCAAAACUGACAUCUACCUUCCAACAUAUAUUAUCGUGUUUAUUUUUGGAUUUAUUGAAAAUGUCUUCUGUUUAUACAUAUUCCUGAAGUUGUACAAGAGGAAGACUGCAAUCAGCAUCGUCACAGUGAACCUGGCAAUAUCAGAUCUGCUCCUUGUCUGCACUUUGCCCUGGCGGGUUCACUAUUAUUGGAAUGGUAGCAAGUGGAACCUCUCAGAUUUUUUAUGUGCAUUCAUGUCAUAUGCUCUGUACCUCAACAUGUACUGCAGCAUCUAUUUUCUGACUCUCAUGAGCAUAUUGCGCUACUUCGCUAUAGUGCAUCCAAUGAAAGCUUUAAUGUUUAGAAGUGUUAAAUCUGUUCAAAUCAUAUGUGUUGCAAUAUGGGUAUUUGUGAGUAUCACAGCAAGUCCAUUUCUAAUACGUGGCAGUUACGUCAAUGAAAAUAACGAAACAAAAUGCUUUUACCUCAAAGAUGGGGUUGACUGUAUAGUAUUUACAAUGAAUUUACUUGCCCUGGUUUUGGGUUGUAUUAUUCCCUUCUUUAUUAUCAUAAUCUGUUACACAUUAGUUGUUAAAGCCUUGCUAGUCUCUAAAUCAAAACAUCACAAGAAAAUGAGCUCCCUCAGAAAAGCUAUUGCCAUGAUUAUUAUUGUAAUGGUUAUAUUUCUAACCAGUUUUCUGCCCUAUCACAUUCUCCGAACUGCCCACAUUGCCAUCAGCUUGAACACGGGACAUACUUCCCAAGCCAGUUGUUUUGUUCAGAAAUGUGUUGUUGUUACACUGUGUGGUGCAGCAAUCAAUUCCUGUUUAGAUCCUCUUUUGUAUUACUUUGCAGCAGAGACCUUCAGGGGCAAGAAGUUGGCGGUGGCGAUGGUGAGACUUAACACGAAGGUUGAGACUGCGAUUGAGGAGUUCCGUGCCCAGGUCCAACCCAUCGCGUCCAUGCUGCAGAAGCAUGAAUGGGAGCUCCAGGGCCUCGGGGAGCGGCUGGAGGAGGUGGACAGUCGAACCAAGGCCUCGGAAGCAGCGAUCGAGUCUUCAUCUGGACGGAUCCAGGUGCUGGAGCGAGAGGUAUGGGCCUUGAGAGAUCAGGUCGAUGACCUCGAAAAUCGAAGUCGGAGGACGAAACUUUGUCUGGCUCCCGGAGGGUGA